UGUACCCGCGCGCCGCUGCCUACCGCGGCGGCCUACCCGCUUCGGCCACUGCGGAGGGGCUCAUGGAUCGGCUCUCCGGGUCCCGGUCCCCCAAGGGCACCCUGGGCUCUUGGCGACGGUGGCGCAGCUCCUCGGGGACCCCGCCGCCCGCGUGGACCCGAAGCCCUCCUCCUCCUCCUCGCUUUCCCGGCCCCGAGGGCCCGCGGCCUCCAUGGGGGGGCGCGGACGGCCGCUCUCGUCACCCGUCUGGGCGCUUGGGGCCCCGCGAGAGGGUCCCGCGGCCGCGCAGCCGCAGCCCCUCAUCCUCCUGCGCUGUCUACUGCGGGGGUGGGUACCGCUACCACCACCGCCAUGCCAGCGACUGGCAGUGGGCAGAAGACUAUGAGAAAGAGAAGGAGGAGAGCUGUCGGCAGCGGAGGGUGAAGGAGAGGGAGAGGAUCGGAGAGCUGGGAGCUCGCGAGGUGUGGGGGCUGUCGCCGAAGUCGCCUGAGCCGGAUUCCGAUGAACAAACUCCAGUUGAAGAUGAGGUAAAGAAUGAGAAGAGCAGUGGCUCAGAGUCCAACUCGGACGGUAAGAGGAAGAGGACCAGUUCAAAAAAGAAAAAAGGAAAGAAAAAGUCCUCUAAAAGAAAGCAUAGAAAGUAUUCUGAUAAUGACAAUUAUUCAGAGUCUGAUAGUAAUUCUAGCUCUACUGGUGGUAAAAAGAGAGUCAAAAAAGACAAAAAGAAAGAGAAGAGAAAGAAACACAAAACAAAAUCCAAGAAAAAGAAUAAGAGAAUGAAACGUCUGAGUGACACAAGCUGUAAAAUUUCAAAAGAGCAGCUUCCAGAAAAUACCUGGGUUGAACAGUCAAAGAUUUCAGAUACCAUGGGUUUAUUAAUUGGUCCCGAAGCACCCAUAAUAUAUACCUGUCAGGAUGAGAAGCCUUUAAGUUAUGGCCAUGCUCUGCUACCAGGAGAAGGUGCUGCUAUGGCAGAGUACGUAAAAGCUGGAAAGCGAAUCCCACGAAGAGGUGAAAUUGGAUUGACAAGUGAAGAAAUCGCCUCAUUUGAAUGCUCAGGCUAUGUCAUGAGUGGUAGCAGACAUCGCAGAAUGGAGGCUGUACGGCUACGGAAAGAAAACCAGAUUUACAGUGCUGACGAGAAGAGAGCCCUUGCAUCCUUUAACCAGGAAGAGAGACGAAACAGAGAGAAUAAGAUUCUAGCCAGUUUGCGAGAGAUGGUAUACAGAAAGACAAAAGGGAAAGAUGACAAGUAAAGAUGUGCUUGCUACACAGCGGGACGUUUUACAGCAGAAGUUUUAUAGGACCACACUACACUUGGUGUUAGAAGUCUUUACAAUGCUUUUAUACUG